UAUGUUCUUAUCUAUCUGUCCCCAUAUGCACCCAUCUAUCUAUCUCUCCAUCCAUCUGUCUAUCAAAACCAUCCUUGUCUUGCAUCUGCGGGGUGGCCACACUGGUUACUGGAAAAGACGAUUUACACACGGAUUGGCUAGUAAAGCAGAAUGUGAUUUAAUCAUCUCCCACCAGCUAGCGCGAAUUCGGAAUUAAUUUGUAAGGUUUCACUGCGCAGCCUGAUAACUUCCUCCCUUUCACGAGUCGCCAGUGAAUUCUGCGGAGAACUCCCUUGGGGAAUGUGAUGGAGACAGCUUCCUGGUUUCACUUGCUGGGAACUCGGGCCGUCUCCCGCCAGGGAUCGGUGCAGUACAAGCAAAAGUCGUCGCUGUUUAGACAUAAUGACACCCCGGUCUGCGGCUUCGCCUCGCUAUUCGCGCAGUCGGGUUCCCCUGAGCCCGCCGCCUGCGCAGCCAGACGCAGUGAGGCAGUUACCCCGCAAAGCAGAGCGAUACAGAGAGAGAAAAAGGUGUUUAUGGUCCUCCCCGCCAGUCCCUCACGCCUCCAGCUCCGGCAGCAGCAUCUUUGCCUGUUAUUUAGUCCUCCCCGCUAUAGGAAAGGGGCAACGCCUCUGUCUCGCCCAUUUCAGUAGCGGCAAGGCAGCGAGACUAGGGCUGAUCCCCGGGAGGAGCAGAGACACCGAGAUUCCCCUUGUGACGAUGGUACCGGUGCUGGGCUCGGCGCUUGUGCUGGUUUUUGUCUCAGGCGCUUCGGGCAGAGCCGAGAUCCGGCAGCCGCGCUCCGCAGAGCCCUCGGAGGGAGCCGAACUGAACCUCACCUGCUCUCUCGGGUCUGUCAUCACUGAAACUAUAGUUUGGUACCGGCAGUUCCCGAACCGAGGGCCCCGGUAUAUAGUCUCGGGGUACCAGGGAAUCUUUAACAGCAUCAACCCAGAGGGAGCUCUGCAUAUUCCUGAAGACAGAAAAUCCAGCACAUUGUCCCUGCGCAGGGCGAGGCUGGCAGAUGCAGCGGUGUAUUAUUGUGCUCUGAGCGACACAGUGUGACAGCCAGGGGCGGCCUCCG